GAAGAAGCAGCUAAGCUCUUCCUCCUCGUCUGCACAACCUUCCAGAAGAAUACAAAAUCAAAGCCAGAGAGAGAGAGAUUGAGAUCCACCAAAUCGGAUUCAGUUAUCGCGACGGAGAGCACUCAGACGGAGAAAGAUAGUUUUCUCUCUUCCCCCUUGCGGCUAGAUCGGCGAAUUAUGGAGGCGGAGAAGUGGAGCAGCGACGGCGGCGAAUACACCUCUGAGGACGAAGGCACUGAGGAUUACCGCCGCGGCGGUUACCACGCCGUUCGGAUCGGCGACUCCUUCAAGAACGGCCGGUACGUUGUCCAGAGCAAACUCGGCUGGGGCCAUUUCUCCACCGUCUGGCUCUCCUGGGACACUCUAUCCUCUAGAUAUGUGGCGUUGAAGGUGCAAAAGAGCGCACAGCACUAUACAGAAGCUGCCAUGGAUGAGAUAACUAUACUGCAACAGAUUGCUGAAGGUGACGCUGAUGAUACCAAGUGUGUUGUGAAGCUUUUGGAUCAUUUCAAACACUCUGGUCCCAAUGGGCAGCAUGUAUGUAUGGUUUUCGAGUACUUGGGAGAUAAUUUGUUAACGCUUAUAAAGUAUUCUGACUACCGAGGGUUGCCUAUUCGGAUGGUUAAGGAGAUUUGUUACCACAUGUUGGUUGGUUUGGACUACUUGCAUAAAGAGCUUUCGAUUAUACAUACUGACCUCAAGCCUGAGAAUGUGUUGUUAGUGUCGAGGAUCGAUCCGUCUAAAGAUCCUAGGAAGUCUGGAGCUCCGCUUGUUAUUGCUAGUGGUAAGGAGAAGACUGUUGACUCCAAUGGAGACUUUGUCAAGAAUCAUAAGAAAGAUGUUAGAAAGGUGAAGCGCUCGGUUGAUGGAAAAUCAAGUGCUGCUGCAGAAGAAGACUGUCCUUCUACUUCGAAUGGCGGCGAGGAAGGGAAGCAAGGAGGUAAGAAAAGGAGUCGAUCGAGUAGAAGGCACCUUGUGGAAUCUGCUGAUCUCAAGUGUAAGCUUGUUGACUUUGGUAACGCGUGUUGGACUUAUAAACAGUUCACUAGCGAUAUUCAGACGAGACAGUAUAGGUGUCCUGAAGUGAUCCUUGGAUCUAAGUAUUCUACAUCGGCAGAUCUUUGGUCAUUCGCGUGUAUAUGCUUUGAACUUGCAACUGGAGAUGUACUCUUUGAUCCUCAUAGUGGAGACAAUUAUGAUAGAGAUGAGGACCACUUGGCUUUGAUGAUGGAGCUUCUUGGAAUGAUGCCACGCAAGAUAGCUUUAGGAGGCCGGUACUCAAGAGAUUUGUUCAACAGGCAUGGUGAUCUUCGACACAUAAGAAGACUGCGUUUCUGGCCUAUGAACAAAGUCCUUACCGAGAAGUACGAGUUCAGUGAGCAAGAUGCAAAUGACUUGAGUGACUUUCUUGUUUCGAUUCUUGAUUUCGUCCCCGAGAAGCGACCAACUGCGGCUCAAAGUCUUUUGCAUCCUUGGAUCAACUCUGUCCCUCGCUCUUUAGAACCGUCUGUCUUAACUCAAGACAAGGAACCGGAAGAGAAGCUGGAUACAGAGAGAAAGAAGAGAGAGAAGGAGGAGCAAGAAGCCAUGGUAGUUAAAAUGGGAAACGUUGCCAUAUCAUCCCCAAAGUCCAAACCAGGUAUGAGCAAAAGCUCCUCUUAUAAACAAGCAAUUUGAUUUUGAGCGAAAGGGGAAAUGUGAUAAUUAAAACUCGCCACUGUGCUAGUGAGAGAGCUCAAGUCAGAACCACUUCAAGCUGUUUACUAGUGUGAGCUCUCAACAAUUUCAUAUGUGCAGUUGUGAUAUCUUCUUGUAUGUGUACUUUUACGAAUCCAAAUAUAUUGACAUUCAACAUGUAUUUGACUGAAUA